AUGGCUAGAGAUAUUCAAAACCAUUUAUUAUUCGAAGUGGCUACUGAAGUCGCCAACAGAGUUGGUGGGAUUUAUUCUGUCUUGAAAUCUAAAGCUCCAAUCACUUCUCAAGAAUAUAAAGAUCGUUAUACUUUAAUUGGUCCUUUAAGUUAUCAAAGUGCCGCUGUCGAGGUUGAAGAAUUAAAAGUUACAGAUCCUCAUAUUAAAACUGCCUUGGAUUCUAUGGCUUCAAGAGGUAUCAAAUUUCUUUAUGGUCGUUGGUUAAUUGAAGGUGCUCCAAGAGUUUUACUUUUCGAUGUUGGUUCUGCUUCUCAUCAUUUAGAUGAAUGGAAAACUGAUUUAUGGAAUAUAAGUGGUAUUCCAACCCCAAAUGGUGAUCAUGAAACUAAUAAUGCCAUCUUGUUAGGUUAUUUAGUUGCUUGGUUCUUGGGUGAAUUAGUUUAUCAUGAUCGUGAACGUGCAGUUAUUGCUCAUUUCCAUGAAUGGUUAGCUGGUGUUGCUUUACCUUUAUGUCGUAAAAGAAAAAUUGAUGUUACCACUGUUUUCACCACUCAUGCUACUUUAUUAGGUCGUUAUUUAUGUGCUGGUUCUGUGGAUUUUUAUAAUAAUUUAGCAAAUUUUGAUGUUGAUGCAGAAGCUGGGAAAAGAGGUAUUUAUCAUCGUUAUUGUAUUGAAAGAGCUGCUGCUCAUUCUUCUGAUGUUUUCACAACAGUUUCAUUAAUUACUGCUUAUGAAGCUGAACAUUUAUUGAAAAGAAAACCUGAUGGAGUUUUACCGAAUGGGUUAAAUGUUGUUAAAUUUCAAGCUGUUCAUGAAUUUCAAAAUUUACAUGCUGUUAAAAAGGAAAAAAUUAAUGAAUUUAUUAAAGGUCAUUUUUAUGGUCAUUAUGAUUUUGAUUUAGAAAAUACUUUAUAUUUCUUUAUUUCAGGUCGUUAUGAAUAUAGAAAUAAAGGUGUUGAUUUUUUCAUUGAAUCUUUAGCAAGAUUAAAUCAUAAAUUAAAAGAAAGUGGUUCCAAAACAACUGUUGUUGCAUUUAUUAUUAUGCCUGCUCAAACUCAUUCUUAUACUGUGGAAACUUUAAAAGGUCAAGCUGUCAUUAAAUCAUUAGAAAAUACUGUUAAAGAAGUUCAAAAUUCAAUUGGUCAUCGUUUAAUUGAACAUUGUUCAAGAUUUCAACAACAUGGUAAAGAAAUUCCUGAUUUAGAUGAUUUAAUUAGUCCAUCUGAUCGUGUUUUAUUGAAAAGACGUGUUUUUGCAUUGAAAAGAGAUGGUUUACCACCAAUUGUUACUCAUAAUAUGAGUGAUGAUGCAAAUGAUCCAAUUUUAAAUCAAAUUAGAAGAGUUGGUUUAUUUAAUAAUCCAAGUGAUCGUGUUAAAAUUAUUUUCCAUCCUGAAUUUUUAAAUGCAAAUAAUCCAAUUUUACCAUUAGAUUAUGAUGAAUUUGUUAGAGGUUGUCAUUUAGGUGUUUUCCCAUCUUAUUAUGAACCUUGGGGUUAUACACCAGCUGAAUGUACUGUUAUGGGUGUUCCAAGUAUAACUACAAAUUUAUCUGGUUUUGGUGGUUAUAUGGAAAAUCUAAUUGAAAAUUCUUCAGAUUAUGGUAUUUAUAUUAAUGAUAGAAGAUUAAAAUCUGUUGAUGAAUCAAUUGAUCAAUUAGCUGAUCAAAUGUUUGAUUUUACUAAAAAAACAAGAAGACAACGUAUUAAUCAAAGAAAUAGAACUGAAAGAUUAUCAGAUUUAUUAGAUUGGAAACGUAUGGGUCUUGAAUAUGUUAAAGCAAGAAAUUUAGCUUUAAGAAGAGCUUAUCCAAAUUUAUUUAAUGAUUCAACAAAUGGUGGUUCAUCAAAUAAUUCAUCUUCCCAAUCUGAAAGUUUAUUUAAUUCUAAAAUUAAAAUUUCAAGACCUUUAAGUGUUCCAGGUUCUCCAAGAGAUCGUAAUUCAAUUAUGACACCUGGUGAUUUAGGUUCUUUACAAGAUGCUCAAGUUACAGAUGAUUAUUUCCAAUUACAAAAAAAUGAAGAAGAUGAAGAUUAUGGUUCUUAUCCUUUAUCAUUAGGUGAUGAAGAAUAA